GGUGUUGCCUGCCGAAUGGCUCGUCAUUUGACUUACGUGAUCUAAUUCUGGGUUCGUUUUAUCAUUGUAUUAAUAGGAUUUGUUACUGUUCACUUUGACCAUUUCAGCCGCAUUGGAAAAAGCGUUGUCGAACGAACCUUUGGGCGAGAUGGAGCCCCCAACCAAGAGGCAAUGUUUUGAUGAUGUAUUAGAUUUAAGUCGGAAGUCUAACCAUGUUAUUAAUGGCAGUGAAAAACUUUCUAGCAGGAAUGAUGAUGAUGUUAUUAUGCUAAGCGAGGAUGAGGAUGAUCGUCUACUUGGGUCCCUCUGCGAUGAAAUGGAAAAAGAAAACGCUCCCAAGCAAUCACUUCUAUCCAAGUCGCGUGCAUUUCUUUUAAAACUGGAAAAUGAACUUAGAAAUGAAGAAAGUGCACUGGUUUUGCUUCAGCAGUUGCGAGCCAAUCAGCGUUCGCAUGCAUUACAGCCGAAAAGUACAAAAGUCUCAUCAAGUGUAACAAAUACAGUUCGAAGUACACAAUCACCCGUUAACCAAGUUCGGCCAGCUGUCAGCCAAGCUGUGAUUAGAAAUGUCCCGUCAACAACUGGUGGUCGUGCAACACUAUCUCCAGCCCAGAACACUGCGGCGGUAAAUCCGACAAACGCGACGGCAAUAACGAAAGUAACCAAAGGAAUGGCUAUCCAUGCUCUCGAACAACAAUGUAGUGGCAAAAAAGCAAUGCUUCGGAAGCAAUUAGAGAGAACGCUAGAUAAAGUUGUUCUUCCAAAGCCUGCCGUAGGAAAUGGAUUGUCUGUGGUACCUUUUGUUCCAAGCACUUUGACAAACGAGUUUACUGCAAUGAUAGGUCUUGAGGAAAUCGUAACUACCAUACAAGACUUCGACCCAUUGAGCACGGAUAAGAGUUCUGAACAAUCUCGCUUUGUUAACCCAUUCUCAUGCUCACGUUGCGGUACGGACUUCACGCCUGUUUGGAAACGCAAGCGCCCAGGUUCAUCUGAAGUUGUUUGUGAAGCCUGUAUAGUUGACAGUCAGCGUUCAGUCAUUCAUAAAGCAUAUAGUAGUGUUAUUUCAGCUGCACUUAAACAGCACGCUGCUUCAGAACGUGAAAUCGAGCAUGAAUAUCAAGACGUAGUCAAUUCACCAGCUAAGUUGGAAGCUUUUAUUAAAGAACAUGAACGAAAGCUUCUGGUUACUCAACAAGCUCAAGUAGCCCAACAACAGCAGCAACAAAUGCAGCAAGUUGCUACAGCUACUGGCUUACAUAAUCAAAGGUACCAACAACAGCAGCAAGGGUUCCAGUCUCAGAAUGUAUUUAAUAAUGCUAGUAGCUCAAGGCAUGGACAAACAAAUGUAGUCAACAGCGCUUCCUCAUCUCAAUUAGGAAUGCCGAAUGUUUCGUCUCGUCGACCAACUACAUCCAAUAACGUUAGCGUCAAUACUCCUGUUUCCCUACCUGUUCAACAGCAGGGACAUGUAGCAGGAAAUGUUGUUCAGCAGUUGGCAUCUCGUUACCAACAACUUACAAAAGCGGCUGUUGCUGCAGUUGUUGGUGGUGGUCAAAGUCCGGUUAAUCAUUCUGUUGCUAGUAAUGCUGCCACUGCAAACUUGAUGAUGACUGCAGCCGCAAAUCCUAUGCUUGCAGCAGCGGCAGCAGUCUCGGCAACUAAUCAGCAACAGCAAUCGGUCGCCCAACAACAGUUAACUGCUGCAGCAUUGGCACAACAAAGGCUAGCUGCAGUAGCAGCUCUAAACUUCCAACAUCAACAACCACACCACACACAACCUUCAACUGGAGCUGUAACGCCUAAUUCACCCAUUGAUCACUUAGCUCAGUUUACGCAGAUGCAGACAUUGUUAAUGAGCAGUCUCUUGGGAAAUGCAGCUGCUGCUACUGGGGCGCAAGCAACAGCUAAUACUAGACAACAACAACAGCAAAUAUUGCAGCAUGCACUUCUACAGUACACCUACUUACUACAACAGCAACAAGCUGCUGCAGCUGCACAAGCUCAACAGCAACAAAAUCAGCAAGUUAAUGCUGCCGCAUUGCAACAGCUAAUGAGCGGUGCUGCAGCUAAUCCGGCAGCGUGUAUGACCUUGUUACAAAAUUUGUGGGCACUAAAUGCUGCGUCAAACGGUGUUAAAAAGUAGUGUUUUGAUACUGUAACUUUAUUCCUAAUCUAAUGACUUCUGUUUUGUGUGUCUGUUUGCUAUUGAUAUCUCUAAAUUUCUAUUAUUUGAUUAGCUCAUGUUUCAGUUUGCUGUGCCUUAGUGACUACAACGCGUACAGCGUACUUUGACAUAAAUCAAUCGUUUAUUCUAGGCUGUUGUUAAGUUUUUUUACAUCAUCUACCGACUAGUUUACUACGUAUACCCAAAUUCUGGUUCUUUAAAAUCAUUUGUCAUUUCCUUUUUCUACAUUGUACAUAUCUUCAUAAAUUCGUCGUACUGUUUCAGUUUCAUUUGCUUUAUUAAUGAUAUUUUUCUGAUUUUUCAGUGAACAUAUCGUCUUGCAAAUUGUCA